AUGCGGCAGGCUAAACAUCGAGUCGCUACUACGUCCUGUAAUUCGAGGAGGCAAAUUCUGCAUCUCGCCGGCAAACUGUCACGAAGUGCACCCUACAAGCGUAGGGUCGAAACUCUUUCACGAACUGGUGUCGCUCAUUCUAAAGUCAGCUACAUGAAGAACACAACCCAAGGCUUUUUCCAGUUGGUGCAGGCCCUAACUGGGAAUUGGUAUGGACCCGUACUCCCCAGGUUUUCCUUCUAUCGAGCCGGAUGUGGCCUCGGUCUGGAAGCAAGAAUGUUGGUAAGAUCUCUUCGGCUGGACAAUAGUGGAGCUGCAAUUACUAAAAGGCGGUUGCCGACCGAAAGACAGGAUCCGGCGAAGAAGUUAAAGUUGGAGAGAAGUUAUUGA